AUGUGCAGAGCAUGGCUUGUUUUAUUCGCUUGGAUGCUGACGGUGGGUGCAGGAUCGGCCCGCCUUUUGGAGGAGGAUUGCGGAGUUGCGGUGCAGGUAAUACCGAAGAUUGUAGGUGGAGUGGAUGCGGGGGAAUUGAAGAAUCCGUGGAUGGCCCUCAUAAAAACCGAAGGCAAAUUCAUCUGCGGAGGAUCGCUGAUUAAUACCAAAUUCGUCUUGACGGCCGCACAUUGCAUCUGCAACGAUGGGGAUUGCAUUACAACGAGGACUCAGCUCACAGUUACAUUGGGUGUGUACCAUCUCCUGGCGACGAGUGAAAGCGACCAUUCCCACGAGACAUACAACGUGGAGAGGGUCUACUUCCCCGGUUGCUUCGAUAUAAAAACCCAUAGCAAUGACAUAGCGCUGCUCAGGUUGCAAAGAAGCGUCGUUUACAAGCCACAAAUCAAACCGAUAUGCAUUUUAUUGAACGCCCAACACAAGCCGCAAACGGAUGCCAUCCAGCAGUUCACAGCAGUCGGCUGGGGCCAAACGGACAGCGGGGAAACCAGUAACAAGCUUCAAAUGGUCCAGAUCAACAAAAUAGACAGGCAAACAUGUAAGACAUCGUAUUGGUACGAUUCGGACGACACAAAGUUCUGUGCCGGCACCUUGGACGGCAAAGAUACCUGCGGAGGCGACUCCGGUGGACCCUUGUACACACAGAUGUUGUUCGAUGACAUCAAGCGAGUAACACAGCUGGGAAUCGUCAGCUUUGGCAGCAAAUUUUGCAAAGUUUUCGGCGUUUACACCAACGUAAUGGCCCAUAUUGACUUUAUCGAGCGUGUUGUCCUGGAUGCGGACAUUGAGGUGGUGCUACCCCAUAUGGACCUACUGGAUGCUGGAUGUCUGGGCAACGGCACGAGGCACAGCUGGGAUAGUAUUGGUCCCGAUACGAUCAGGUCCUUCGAAUGGUUGGCUGAGGUCUACAUGGACUCCUUUAUGAUCUCAUACGGCGCACUUAUUUCGAAAACUUUCGUGGUGACAACGGCGCAGUUGAUUCCCGAAAGUACGGCAUUAAAGGUUCAACUGGGACAAGGUGAUGAGCACACCUACGCUGUCGCAUCUGUCCACAAGCAUCCCGAAUUCGUUAGCCGGGGCCAAAACGACAUAGCUCUGCUUAAACUGGGCAAGAAAGUGCAGUACACGGAAUCGAUUCUACCGAUCUGCCUGCCCUCGCCAAGCAACGAAGCGGAGCAGCGGAAUUUCCAAAAGCGUGCUGCUGAUCCCGGCCAGAAUCUCAUCGCCAUUGGCUGGGGCACGCGGACUAACGUGGCGGUGCGGCGGGCAAAUGCCAGUGAGUGCUACCAGGAGGAUCACCAGGAGAUCGUUGAGCAACAGUUGUGCGUGGAAAGCCCUGCUCCUCAUCUCCUGCGCGUGGGCAGUGGCAGUCCCUUGGUAAACCCGCUAACCCAUGGAAACCAGAAGGUAUUCAGCCUGGUCGGACUGGCGAGCUUCGGCAGGAUCGAGCCUUUCGCUCCAAAUGUCUACACCAAUGUUCUCGAACACUUGGAAUGGAUCGGGAAAUUGGUUAAGGCGUAGAGAAUCUUUCGAAUAGUUUUCCAUUACAUAUUUACGUCGAAAUAUAUUGAGUGCUGCGAUAUGAAAA